AUGGCGACACUCAGAUUGUCAGUGCAGUUGUGGAGCCUCGGGACCUAUUCUCGGCGAGCGGAGCGAGUCUGUUUUCGUUCUCAGCUACGGCAACGGCCUAGCGCCCUGCUCCAGCCGCUGCCCGGGUUCUACAGGGCAGGGUCGCCAUGCCGCCUGGUCGUCUCCGAAGCCGAAGCUGGUAACUCAGAGAUCAAGAAACCUGCAUUUAUGGAUGAGGACAUCCAAAACAUACUCAUCAAGAUAACAGGUUUGAAUUUGCAGAAGAUUUUUAAGCCAGCUGUACAAGAACUGAAGCCCCCAACCUAUAAGCUGAUGACCCAGGCACAGUUGGAAGAGGCUACAAGACAGGCCAUUGAAGCAGCUAAAGUACAAUUAAAAAUGCCACCAGUUCUGGAAGAACGAGUACCAAUAAAUGACGUGUUAGCUGAAGAUAAGAUUUUGGAAGGAACAGAAACGGCCAAAUACGUGUUUACUGAUAUAUCGUAUAAUGUACCACACCGGGAGCGUUUUAUUGUUGUCAGAGAACCAAGUGGAACACUACGCAAAGCCUCUUGGGAAGAACGAGAUCGGAUGAUACAAAUUUAUUUCCCAAAAGAAGGUCGUAGAAUUUUGACACCGAUAAUUUUCAAGGAAGAAAAUCUUAAAACCAUGUAUAGCCAGGACUGGCACGCUGAUGUCCUCAAUCUAUGCGUUGCCCAGUUUGAGCCAGAUUCCUCUGAGUAUAUCAAGGUUCAUCAUCAGACCUAUGAAGAUAUAGAUAAACAUGGAAAAUAUGACCUUUUACGCUCAACUAGGCACUUUGGUGGAAUGGCUUGGUAUUUUGUAAAUAAGAAAAAGAUUGAUGGUUUGCUGAUUGACCAGAUUCAGAGAGAUUUAGCCGAUGAUGCCAUCAGCCUCGUCCAGCUCUAUCACAUGGUGCAUCCAGAUGGCCAGUCAGCUCAAGAGGCCAAAGAGCAGGCUGCUGAGGGAUUAAACUUAGUUAAGGUCUUUGCAAAAACAGAAGCCCAGAAUGGGGCCUAUGUAGAAUUAACACUGCAGGCGUAUCAAGAUGCAGCCCUUAGCCAUUCUGCCGCUUCCUGAAAGGAUUUUUAAGUAAAUUUCAUUUUACUAA